GUGCAGGGACCCAGCACAUGGAAGGUAGAGGGCAGAAGUGCAUGUUUCCUCUCCUCCCCUUUACCUCCGUUCAUCUUCUCUUUCCGAUGACAGGCUGAACACAGUGGAAACAGCAGGAUGAGUGUGUACCUGUGUGUUUAUGCCGUACUCCAUCAGAGAGCCUCAUUCAACAUGCUAUAACAUCAGGCAAACUAGCUCUACAAGAGAGAAAGACACAGAAAGAGUUUGCAGAAUAAAAUGACCACCAGGCGGUGAGAAAUGAGUGUGUGUUGACUUUCUUCAUGAGGGCUGAGAGAUGACCAUGAACGGCCGCUGGUCCUUCAACACCCUGGCCGUCAUCUUUAUCCUGCUGUCCACUGCAGCUCUCUCUGCGCAUUUCAGGGUGUGUGAGCCUUACUCCGACCACAAGGGGCGCUAUCACUUUGGUUUCCACUGCCCUCGACUCUCAGACAACAAGACCUACAUAUUCUGCUGUCACCAUAACAACACGGCCUUCAAGUACUGCUGCAACGAAACUGAAUUUCAGAGCGUGAUGCAGCUCAACAUCACCACCAACUCAGACGGCUUUGCCCAUAAUAACUACACUGCUCUCAUCGGCGUGUGGAUUUACGGCUUUUUCGUCAUGGUCCUCCUGGCUUUGGACUUCCUGUACUAUUCGGCUAUGAACUACGAGUUGUGCCGGGUCUACCUGGAGAAAUGGGGGCUUGGAGGUCGGUGGCUCAAAAAGGCCAGGAUUCAAUGGCACAGCGCAGCUCAGGAGGGCGAACACAACAUGGGAUCAGGCCUGAGUCAGCAACAUGCGCAGCACAGUUUGAGAGGAGAAGCACAGAGCCCUACGCUCUUGACCUUCCAGACCUCAACAGCCUGUUUUGAUCCCAAGGAUUUACUUAGUAUGACAAAGGAGGAACUGCCAGGAAAUGGAGAUUUAAAUUCAGAGACUCUUUUCCUGGUCCCAUCUACAUUAAGGACAUGGACUGUGCUGGCUACCUCCUGCAGCUCUGCUGGAUGACAUUUUCUCCACAUGAGACUGACAGCUGCAAAUGAGUUUCUCUGCCCAAUCAGAGGAGGCUUGUUCAGCUGGAUCUACUUUUCGACAGCUGUUGAAGGACUUUAAUGAGACUGUUGUCUUGGAUGCCUAAUACCUUGCCUUGUCAUUUCAGAAGUUAGGACUUAGACACAGGGAAUAUGACUUUGAGGAAAAGACAGAGAAGAGGUCGUUGUGUCCAUAAAUCUUUACAGUAUACAGUUCUGUGAAUUUUUUUUGCCCCCUUCCAGUUUUUGUAUUUUUUGCAUAUGUCACACUUGAAUGAUUCAGAUCAUCAAACUAAUUUAAAUAUUACACAAAGAUAACUUGAGUAAAUACAAAAUGCAGUUUUGAAAUAAUUAUUUC